AUGUCUUUAAAAUAUUCAGCUAGUACUAAUUCAAUAUCAUCUUCAACUACAGUGCCAACCAUACCACUGAAUGAAGAAACAAUUGAUCCAUCAAAUAUUUUAUAUAAUGAUCGACAAAAUUAUCAAAUUAUAUUUUCGAAUGAUUCUCGAUUUUUUGAUACUAGUCUACACUUAUUUAAAUCAUAUUGUGAUUUAGGUUAUAUUCAAUUAGAUAACAAAAAAUCUAAAAGAAUUUCAUAUGCUUCUUCUUCAACAAAUACUUUUAAAUCACAAUCAAAUGGAUUUAAUCGUUGGCGACUUAAACCACCAGCAUUUAGUAGUAAUCAAAAUAUUCAUGGAAGUCCUCGUGAAUCAGUAAAUAAACCACCAUUUAUAAGAUAUCAUGAUUAUUCAAUUAGUCGACGAUCUGAUCCAGGUUCUUCAAAAUCAAAAUCAACAAAAAUAAAACGUGAGCAAUCACCAUUGGUUAUUUCUUAUCAAGAACAAUCAAUUCAUCCUGUCACAUAUAGUGAUAGUUCGGAUGAUCCUGAUAUAAUUGUAACCAGAUUGUGA